AUGGUCGACUUCUCCGCUGAGCGCUUUUCCCCGAAGCGCCUUUCUCCCCAGCGCAUCAAGGCUAAGAUUGAGCCCCAACUCCACUGGCAUGUUCCAAUGGAAAAGGGAGUCUACCAGGAUCCGCGUUGGUCUAACCCUGAUCUCGAUCCUGUGAAGCCAGAGGACAGAACUUGGGGCGCUCUGGAUUACUGGGCGUACUGGACUAGCGACAUGCUCGCACCUCCACUGGCGUCGACAGUGUCCUCAGUCAUGAGUUUGGGAUUCACUGCCCGCGAGACCAUCCCCAUUGUUUUCUGUGGCUUUGCCUUGUGCUCCGGAGCCUUGACGUUGACCGGUAAAAUGGGCGCUCGCUAUAGCAUUCCAUUUCCUGUCCUUGUCCGUUCCAUCUUUGGCAUGUAUGGAAGUUAUCCGGUCAUUGUGCUGCGAGCUUUUGUCGCUGCGAUGUGGACUGCAAUUCUUUGCGUUCAAGCAGGAGACUUCUUGAACAAUUGUAUCACGGCCAUCUGGCCCAGUUUCGCCAAUUUUCCAAACCAUCUGCCCGAAAGUGCGGGUAUCACUUCAGCUGGCAUGCUUUGCUUUUUUAUCUACUGGAUCUUUCAAACCAUACUUGCUAUCAUGCCAAUCAAGAAGCUACGCAUUCUCUUCUUGAUCAAGGGUGUUGUGGUCCCUCCAACCUUUCUUGCUCUCUUCCUUUGGGGAGCCAUCGUCACUCAUGGUGGAGGCCCACUCGUGACUGGCCACGCUAGAAUGACCUCAACCUACAUGAACACGGCCUAUUCGGCAUUGACAGGUCUCAACGUGAUCAUCGGCCUCUUCAGUUCCAUGGCGGUCAACUUCCCCGAUUUCAGUCGAUUCUCCAAGAACAAUCUGGCCGGCUACAACCAAUUCUUUGCCCUCCCUGUCAUCGGAACCCUGGGCGCAUUGACUCCAAUCUUCGUCACCUCCGCCCACCAAUACCUACACGGAGAAUUCAACUGGUACAUGCCCGCCGUGAUCGCCAAGUUCGACUCACGAGCCGCCAAAUUCUUCACGGCCUUCAGCUUCAUGCUGGCCACCAUCGGCAACCAGAUUGCCGCAGGCACAUAUCCAUUCUCAAACGACAUCUCCGGUCUCUGCCCCAAGUACAUCAACAUCUUCCGCGCGACGUUGAUCAUUUCGAUUUUCUGCGUCAUUUCCAACCCCUGGCAAAUCAUCAAAAACGCAAGUGGACUUUUGGCUUUCCUCAGCGGGUAUUCCAUGUUCAUGGGUGCCGUUUGUGGGACCAUGUGCAGCCAAUACUAUCUGAUCCUGAACAAGAAGCUGAAUAUCCACGAGCUGUACAAUGGGCACGGUAUCUACCGGUACUCGAAGAUUGGGUUUAAUUGGAGAGCGUAUGCGUCUUUCUUCGUUGCGAUUGGACCACUUCUGCCUGGCUUCUGCAAGAGCAUUGAUACUACUCUCGACGUCGGUGGUGCGUGGAAGAUCUACACCUUCUCUUGCAUCUACGGAUUCACCGUUAGCGGGCUGGUGUACUACCUCAUCUGCACGUAUGUUUCGGAUGUUGGUCCGGCCAAGAUCGAUGAGGCUGUCUAUCCGCCAUCGAAGCCACAGACUGGCGAUGUCGAAGUCGGAAGUGCUGAAUCUGAACAAGGCUCCUAUGAAGAGAAGAAGGGUGGGGUGGAGGUUCAAGUUGGAGCCGGGGAAUUGGGCCAUAACUAA